AUGCCUCCGUCUCCUUUAGACGACAGGGUAGUAGUGGCACUGUCUAGGCCCGUCCGACCUCAGGAUCUCAAUCUUUGUUUAGACUCUAGCUACCUUGGCUCUGCCACCCCAGGCAGUGACAGCCACCCUCCUGUCAUCGCCACCACCGUUGUGUCCCUCAAGGCUGCGAAUCUGACGUAUAUGCCCUCAUCCAGCGGCUCUGCCCGCUCUCUGAAUUGUGGAUGCAGCAGUGCCAGCUGCUGCACUGUGGCAACCUACGACAAGGACAAUCAGACCCAAACCCAAGCCAUUGCCGCUGGCACCACCACCACCACCAUUGGAACCUCUACAACCUGCCCUGCUUACCAGAUGGUCAACAACAAUGAGAAUACAGGCCCUUUAAGUACAUCAGGUGGAGUGGGCAGUCCUGUGUCAGGAACCCCCAAGCAACUAGCCAGCAUCAAAAUUAUCUAUCCCAAUGACUUGGCAAAGAAGAUGACCAAAUGUAGCAAGAGUCACCUGCCAAGUCAGGGCCCUGUCAUCAUUGAUUGCAGGCCUUUCAUGGAGUACAACAAGAGUCACAUCCAAGGAGCUGUCCACAUUAACUGUGCCGAUAAGAUUAGCCGACGGAGACUGCAACAGGGCAAGAUCACUGUUCUAGACUUGAUUUCCUGUAGGGAAGGCAAGGACUCUUUCAAGAGGAUCUUUUCCAAAGAAAUUAUUGUUUAUGAUGAGAAUACCAAUGAGCCAAGCCGAGUGAUGCCCUCCCAGCCACUCCACAUAGUCCUUGAGUCCCUGAAGAGAGAAGGCAAAGAACCAUUGGUGUUGAAAGGUGGACUUAGUAGUUUUAAGCAGAACCAUGAAAACCUCUGUGACAACUCCCUCCAGCUCCAAGAGUGCCCAGAGGUUGGGGGUGGCGCAUCUGCGGCCUUGGGCCUACUACCUCAGUCCAUCCCCACCACCCCUGACAUCGAGAACGCAGAGCUCACCCCCAUCUUGCCCUUCCUGUUUCUUGGCAAUGAGCAGAAUGCUCAGGACCUGGAUACAAUGCAACGGCUGAACAUCGGCUACGUCAUCAAUGUCACCACUCACCUUCCCCUCUACCACUACGAGAAAGGCCUAUUCAACUAUAAGCGGCUGCCUGCCACAGACAGCAACAAGCAGAACCUGCGGCAAUACUUUGAAGAGGCUUUUGAGUUCAUUGAGGAAGCUCACCAAUGUGGGAAGGGACUCCUCAUCCAUUGCCAAGCUGGGGUAUCCCGCUCUGCCACCAUUGUCAUCGCUUACUUGAUGAAGCACACACGGAUGACCAUGACUGAUGCUUAUAAGUUUGUCAAAGGCAAGCGACCAAUUAUUUCUCCAAACCUUAACUUCAUGGGGCAGCUGUUGGAGUUUGAGGAAGACCUAAACAACGGUGUGACACCAAGAAUCCUUACACCAAAGCUGAUGGGUGUGGAGACGGUCGUGUGA